AUGAGUGCCACCCAAGACCCCACCACUGCUCAUAUGGCUGCCACCCACGUAAACCUGGGGGGCCGGAGCUGCCCUGGUGGGAGCGGUGAGUCUCUCCUUUCUCGCCAGCACCAGGCCUUCCUCCACCUUCUGGAGGACAAUUUUCUCCAGCAAUUCCUCUCCCAAGACCCCUGUUUCCAGAUCUCAGAUAAGUAUCUCCUGGCCAUGGUAUUGGUGUAUUUCCAGCGUGCCCACCUGCUGCUCAGCGAGUACACCCAGAGCAACUUCUUCCUGGCACUGUAUCUUGCCAAUGACAUGGAGGAGGACCUGGAGGACCCAAAGUGUGAGAUCUUCCCUUGGGCGCUCAGCGAAGACUGGCGCCCUUGGGUGGGUGACUUCCUGCGCCAGAGGGACAAACUGUGGGCCCGGAUGGACUUCCGCGCCGUCGUCAGCCGCCAGUCCUGUGAGGAGGUCAUGGCGAAGGUGCCGACCCACUGGGCCUGGGCUCGGGAGCGGCGUCCCCACCAUGGGCGUGCUCAGAGGAGCUGCCCAGAGGCCCGACUCUCCGGGCCUCGGGGUCCUGGACUCUCUCCACCCCAGUGCUCUCUCUCUGUGGCUCUUCCCUGGACCCUGACAUUCAGCAGGACGAAGCGAGGCCACCUGCUUGUCCACUGA